AUUUUAUUUUUUUUUUUAAUAAUUAGAUGCCAAACAAUUCACCACAUCCAAACUCUUUAUCGCCGCAUUCUAAACAAGCUACGUCCGCUUUUCAAUGGCCAAUCCCACCUUCACCGUCUCAUUUAAAGUCUAUAAAUAACACUACUUAUUCUGCUACCUCUAAUUCUAAUAUGAAUGAAAUUACUGUAAAAGAAAUAUUAGAUCGAUACAGUAGUGAUCCUGAAUUAUUAAAAUAUAUUUUAACUGCUAAAUCUGAAGAAGAUAAGAAAAAAGCAGCUAGAGAUACACUUAAAGCAGAGGAAGCACGUAUUAUAAUACGUCAAAUGGACUUAGACUUUGCUCGUGAACAAGUAAAGGCAACAGCAAGAUUUGAAAGACAACCACAACAGGGAUAUGUUUCUAUUCCUCCUCAACAGCAACCUACACUUCCACCACCAUUACCACUUUCCCAGCCACCUACUUAUGGUCCUUAUUAUGGACUUGCACCUGUUCAACAACAAUUACUUGCACGCUUUCAUUACCCAUCUCAACAGGGACAAAACAAUCAACCAUCAUAUCAUCAUCAUAGCCAUCAUCCACCUCCUCCUUCACCUUCUGUCCCUUAUCCUCAUUCUGCUCAUCCACUUUGCCCUCCUCAGCAACCGCCAUCUCAUCCUACUAAUGCUACACCUACAAAUCCUCCUUCCUCUUCAUCAACAUCAUCAACAUCAUCAUCAUCUUCUUCUUCUUUAAAUAGUCAUCCUAACAUAACUAACAAUAAAACUACCUUAUCUGCAACUACAAAUGAAGAUAAUCAUCAUAAAAAGCGUAGUAGAUCUUCUAUUUCAUCGUCAACAAGCAAUAACAAUAACGAGGAACACCAACAAGAUAAAUUAUCACAUAAUAAAGUGAUGGAAGCUUUAAAAGCUAAAAUUCAAAGAGGAAAUGGUGGACCCCCUUCUCCAUUGUCCUCUUCACCCACAAAUCGUCAACAACAGGACACCACUACCAGUCACAAAAAGAGAAAAUCUACUACUGUUUCUCGGCCUUUUACAUUGGCUCAACAACCAUCAGAACGAAGAUCUACUAUUCCAUCUAAUACUACUACUACUACUACCACUUCUUCUCCUCGAUCCACUAAACCCAUCUUACCUCCAAUUGAUACAAGUUUAGGUAGAAAAGAGUGUCAAGUAGUAGUAGCAGCAGCAGCGGCAGAAGCAGCAGCAGCAGAAGCAGAAGCAGAAGCAGCAGCAACAGCAACAGCAACAACAACAGCGGCAGUUCAUAAUGAUGAUAGUAGUACAAUUAUUAAACAAGAGAAUUGUGACACUAAACUUACAACAGCUUCUCCAAGUGACCAUGUAUUAUUAAACACCCGUCGUGCACGUUCAUUAUCACCUUCCUCUUCUUUAUCGCCUUCUAUAUCAACAAAAGAUGACAUUCGUAAAUCAUAAAAAAAGAAAAAAGAAGAAAAAAAAAAGAGAUUCUUUUCCUAUUCCCCCCUCUCCUCUCCUCUCCCCCCCUUUCUUCUUCUUCUUUUUGUAACUGUUUUAUAAUA